AUGGCAGGUUACGCGUCGCCUUCAGCCCCUCUUUCUCUUCCAACGGGACACGCCCAAUCCGCCUCGCCUGCCGGGGCCAAAUCGCAGCGGGAUGACGUUGUUGUUGUCAUCGUUGUCAUCGUCGUCGUCGUCGUCGUCGUCGUCCUCGCUGCCGCCUGUUUCGGCUGA